AUGGCCGAUGACUCGUUCUUCCUUUAUGGGAUGGGGGAACGGCCCGAGGCCUUAACCUUGGGUUCUUUGGUUCUAGAAAAGUAUUGGCAGCCAAUGAGUGCUCGCCAUUAUACUCACGAGCUAUUAAGCGACGACGCUCUACGUGAACAUGCUUACACUACCGACGUUACCAACGCCGUCUUCCACGGCUCUUCCCGUCUUACGCCUGCUAUUGGCCUCGAAGCUGGCGAUAUCGUGAACCUUCGUCUCGCUUAUAAUAAGGAUAUUGAACGAAUUGUCACAGCUGAGAGGGGUACCCGAAUCCUACUCAAAGAUCCGGAAACUUUCCUUACCAAUAAUGUCCUUAGCAAUGAAACAGCUCAGCAGAAACUCAAAUUGUGGCUCUCGGCCGCCUACAGCGACUUCGUUAUGAAAUUCAAAUUUGCCCGGAGGCCAAAAGUAUGGAUGUUAUCGGGUUUGUAUCUACUAGAGGAUACACGUACAGUCGUAUCACGGGGCCAGUCGUCCAAGAUAUCUGCGGGUGUUUCCUCUGCGAUUAUUAGCGCUGUCUCUGGCAUUCCGGUCGGCGGAUCUGUUAGUUUGGGUGUUGGAUCGAAAUGGAAGAUGGCGAUGCAGGUUGCCGAGCCGCAUGUUUGGGCUGCUCAAUUUCGUUUGUUGGAUGCGAAGUUUAUUAAAAUUGGAAAAGGGGGGAUGGGGGAUAUUAGCCUUCCGGUUUCGAUGGGGCUUUAUCGGGAUAUUAUGUCUGUGAACACGGCUAGGGAUGGAGCUGGGAGGGGUGUGGAGUUAGGGCUUCAGCAUGAGGAGGAUGGUCUUGAGCAGGAAUUGGAGGGAGAGCUGCCUGAUGGGAAGGUUGUGGAGGAUGAUCAGGAGGGACAGGAGAUUGAAGAGUAUGAGAAGCAGUUGGAGGCUGCUAUUAAGCAUUUCGAGAAGGCCCCGAAACACUUUUUGCAGUGA